ACCGACUCUAUCGGCGAUCGAAAUCUAGCCGACCAAGUCGGUCUGUCGACGAGGACUGGCGUGUCUCUCCCGACUUUAUUUGGACAAACAUCACACUAGUCAUGGGCACAAACGAGACACAUAAAAGAGGUGGCUGUGUGUAUGUGCGUGUGUGUGAAUGUUGUACUGUGUAGGUAACAUUUAUGUGUUAGUGUAUAUGUGGAACAAUGUGUAGUAGUGGACAACAGGAGGACAUGGACGGACAGUCAAAGAUAAACGAGGAAGAAGAAAAGUUAACAAUGAAGACGCGACACGGACUACGGAGCGCGACGAGAGACAAGGACAGCGACAGUGAAAAUACACAGACGGCACAGGAGACAAGGACAAGGGUAGACAUAAACAUUUCACAUGAAAACACUUACGAAGUCUGUGCCUGCAGCGCCACAUUUUCUGUCUCACCGGAGGAGAAUAUGCGACCGUUUGAGCGGUGGCUUGCUACACAUUCGCCCUCCAUCACGGACGACACGUCGGGUCAGCCCCACGUUGAGUCGAUGUGUCGCCCGAAUCGAGGCACCGUGGCGGGCUACUUCCUGGCUGGCCGAUACAUGUGGUGGCUUCCUGUCGGGGCGUCACUGUUCGCCAGCAACAUUGGCUCCGAACACUUCAUUGGCCUCGCGGGGUCUGGGGCGGCGGCGGGCAUUGGCGUUGGGGCCUUCGAGUUCAAUGCAAUGGGUCUGCUGCAGCUGCUGGGUUGGGUCUUUCUGCCUGUGUUCAUCGCCAGCGGGAUCAGCACCAUCCCAGAGUACACCAAGAAGAGGUUUGGUGGCACCAGGAUCCAGAUGUACUUAGCAGUGCUUUCUCUCAUUCUUUACAUUUUCACUAAAAUAUCCGUCAACAUGUAUUCUGGCGCCAUCUUCAUCCAACAAGCUCUGCGAGUGACCAACUUAUAUUUAUCCAUCUCCUUCCUGCUGCUGAUGACCUCCCUGUGCACCAUAUUCGGCGGUCUGGCCGCAGUCAUCUACACUGACACCCUACAAUUCUUCAUUAUGAUUGGGGGUUCCCUCUAUGUUAUGGUCAAGAGCUUUGAGGAGGUGGGAGGUUAUUCAGCCUUCCAGACCAAGUACUUGGCAGCUAUACCCAGCAUCCUAGUGGAAAACUCCACCUGUGGCCUGCCCAGGGUGGACUCAUGGAGGAUGUUAAGGGAUGCCAAUCCUUCCCAGAGUGAUAUGCCCUGGCCAGCCUUUCUGAUGGGGCAGAUGCCAGCAUCCAUUUGGUACUGGUGUGCUGAUCAGGUAAUGGUGCAGCGGGUGAUGGCGGCACGCAGCCUUUCCCAUGCCAAAGGUGGCACUUUAAUGGCAGGAUUUGCCAAGAUAUUGCCACUUUUUAUCAUCAUAUUUCCUGGCAUGAUCUCUCGCAUCCUCUUUCCUGAUGAAGUAGGGUGUGUGGACCCAGAGGAAUGCUUUAAGUUCUGUGGUUCUCGUGUGUCCUGUUCUAACUCUGCAUACCCAAAGCUCGUGUUAGAAUACCUUCCAAAUGGGAUGCGUGGCAUUAUGCUCUCUGUCAUGCUGUCAGCUCUUAUGAGUGACUUGACUUCAAUAUUCAACUCUGCUUCUACAAUAUUCACCAUGGAUAUCUGGACUCAGAUUCGUCCCAAGGCCAAGGGCCGUGAGCAACUUGUGAUAGGCAGGUGCUUCAUCGUACUAUUAGUUGUGUUUUCCAUCCUGUGGAUUCCCAUCAUCGAGCGAACACAAGGUGGCCAGCUGUUCAUCUACAUACAAGCUAUUUCAGCCUACUUAGCACCCCCUAUUGCAGCCACCUACUGUAUGGCCAUCACCUGGAAGAGGAUGAAUGAAUCUGGAGCCUUCUGGGGCUUGAUUGCUGGGUUCGUGACUGGAAUUGUCCGUAUGAUUAUUGAUUUCUAUUAUGAUGAGCCUUCGUGCAACGCAGAAGACACCAGGCCGGUAUUCCUCCAGAGAUUCCAUUACAUGUAUUUUGCAACAUUCCUGUUCUGGGUGACAGUGACUGUGGUGGUGGUGGUAACCUUAUGCACUCAACCAGAUGAGAAAUGGAGACUCAUUAGAACUACCUUCUUCACACGCUAUGACAGUAGUGACCGUCAGGAUGACAUAGAGCUACUUGAUAGAGCUCAAGGAGAGCUGUUACCUAGUGCUGCCAAUGACAAAGAAAACAAAAAUGAGAUGGAAGACACUCUGGUACUCCGACCACCUCCCUGGUAUCGAAGGUUUUAUAAUUGGCUGCUUGGGUUCGACGAUUCUGAUAAGGCUAAGCUACAAGUUAUUGCAAUGAAUGAUCACAUUGCCCAGCUCACCAACCUUCAUCAGGAAAAAUGGGAGAAUUAUCUUCUUAAUUUUAUGCUGGGGCUGAUCCUGCUGGUUAUGAUGGGUUUGUACUUAUACUUUUCAAUCAACCCCUUCACUGAAGAAGAGGUUUAUGCCAUCCAAAGAGCCAAACUGCAAGAGUUAGGCUACUAUGAUAUCUUAUAAUAGUAAAUUUUGUUUCCCUCAUUUCCCUUAGGAAGGAGUUCAGCAUGUCAACAGUAACUUUUAGAUUAUGUAGGCAACAGUAUUGAUGGUCAUGAUGGCUACCACAGGUAUAACAAAGCCAUAUGUAUUUAGCUUCUUGAAAUAAUCACACACUGAAUAUGUUUCAUGUAAAGUUGACAAAGCCUUGUGAUAUUAAAUUUUCCCAUUUAACUUUCAUGUGCCAGUAGACACAUGACCAAAGACACUGUGUCUAAAGACCUACACUGGUUUAUUACUGUAGUUCCUAAUUACUUAAAAUUGACAAAGUAAGCAAUAUAUUCUACUUGUAAAUAGGAUAUAGAUGGAAUUAUGCAGAAAUUAGUUUUCUGUAAAUAUAUUUAUCAUACAUUUAAUAGUUUGCAACAAUGGAGAGUCAUCAGGAUCAUAGUUGUUACCUGCCUUUCAUAUGAAUAGGUUCGUUCAUAAUCGUGCUAAAAGAAUGUCAAUAGGGGCAUACGCCUUGCCCAGCCUGUGACACCAAACUCAUGGGUUCCUUCAUGCAGACCCUUUCCCAUCCUAUUAUCUCAUGGACCCAUCAAAAAUCUAUCGACUUGCUCAGCCUUGAACUCUGUAUUCAUCCCUUUGGCCUCCUCCUUUUGGGAUUGUCUCUUACAGAAACAACUCGUUGAGCAGGGUUCUAGCCUGAGUUGUUCACAGACUAUGCAAGUAGUAGAAUGGGGGGAAACUCAUGCCGGAUAGGGGAUGGGGUAUCAGGUGAACAGAAUAGUAUAAAUCUUAAAAUGUAAAAAUGAAAAGAAAAAAUUAAGAAGCUCCACAUUGUAUACCAGACACUGAACAUGGCUGUAGCUGCAAGACUUGGAUAUGGUGACGGAAGCAGGAAUCUCGGCUAUAAGAGCAUAGAGCCGUAGGGUCAACAUAUUGAUUUUAGUAGGCUCCGGGCUAUUAUAAUUACAAGGAAUACUGCAAUACCAUUGAGGCUUUGCUGAUCAAUAUCACCUGUCUUGAAUAGCUCUUAAUACAUAAAAUGUCAAAGUUAAAGAGUGGAGAUCCCUAGUGCAACAAUAUACAGGCAGGGUUUUGUUUGGGUAGAAUGCCAGUGAAAGGUAAGAGCUUAGUAGGUGAAAGUAUGAGGUUCCUUGUGUAUCCUUAGGAGCUGCCACUUGUAGGCUGUCAGGCCUCUUGUAGUCUCCUUAUAUUCGUAUUGAUUGAUGUGCUUUACUAAUAAACUUGAAAUAUUUUGUAAA